AUGGCAACGCCAAAUUUGCAUUUCGAUGACCCUGAAAUACAAGCUGUAUGGGAUCAAAUAUUUGCCGAUUCUGAUUCUGAAUACGAAUUUGAAGGUUUUACUGCGGAAGAGAUCGAUUUUGGUGACAUUCCGAAUGAUGAUACCGAGUGGGAGAUUGAAAAUUCUGGAGUGGAAGUUGCCGACGAUACUCGUCUUGGCUGCAUGAUGCCAAGAGAUAGAUUUGAGCUCAUUUUAAAAUUUCUGCACUUCAAUGAUAAUGCUGCCUACGUCGCUCGCGGUGAAGCCGGAUAUGACCCUCUUUUCAAAAUCCGACCUUUGUAUGACACCAUAACAUGCCGUUUGUCGGAAGUUUAUACGUGUGAGCAGUGUAUUAGUCUUGAUGAAGGAAUGGUGCCAUGGAGAGGGAAUAUUCACUUCAGGCAGUACAUUCCAAGUAAACCAGAUCGUUUUGGUUUGAAAUCAUACAUGGUGUCAGAAUCAUCAAGUGGGUACACUUCUGUUUUUGAUAUAUAUACUGGGAAAAAUUACACCCCUAACCCCGAUACAAUAGAAAGUGAAAAUGAAGGCCAUACUUUCAAUGUAGUAAUGGGGCUGAUGAGAAAAGCUAGUUUGCUGAACAAGGGAUACAAACUGUACACAGACAAUUAUUACACCAGUCAUACGCUUAUUGACCAUCUAAAAGCUGAAGAUACAAUGUUAGUUGGUACAGCUAGAAUGAAUAGAAAAGAAAUGCCUGCAGCCCUGAAAUUGCCAUUGCGACAAGGUGAAGUCAUUUAUCGUCAGAGAAAUGGAGUCUUGGCGAUGAAAUGGAAAGAUAAGCGUGAUGUUACUAUGUUGUCAUCA